CUAAUUAUUUACAGAGUAGUGCAGUGUGAUCAUAAUAUGAAUAUGUUUUUGUUACUUUUGUUAGUUACUUAUAUAGUUGCGAUGGUUAACAGUUUAUUUGCCUACAAUGUGCCAUAUAAUAUAAAGCAGCAAUUUCUCGACACAGAUAAACCCUUAAAUUUUACGGCGCAUGCACGCAUAUACGGCCAACGGGCCGUGGAGUACGAAGUUCAGACAGAAGAUGGAUAUUUACUCGGUUUACACCGAAUACCGGGCCGUCGAGGGUUGCCCAUCCUACUGAUGCAUGGUUACACAGACACCAGUGACACGUGGAUCGUGAGGGGGUACAAAUCCCUCGGAAUAACCCUGGCGAGUUUAAACUACGACGUGUGGUUUGGAAACAUCAGAGGCAACAGAUACUCGCGACGACACGUCAAACUGAACCCUGACAAAGAUGCAUCUUUUUGGGACUACAGUUUCCAUGAAUACGGUCAUUACGACCUGCCCGCUAUUAUCGACACUAUUCUUAGCAAGACAGGGUCUGCUAAACUGAACGCGAUCGGCCAUUCCCAAGGUAACACAAUAUUCUACGUCCUGGGAUCAACGAGACCGGAAUACAAUAAAAAAAUCAAUGUUCUGACAGCGCUAGCACCUAUAUGUUACUUAAACAACUUACCGCCACCUCUUUCUAAGAUCGAACUAUACGGUUAUGAAAUAAUUGGGGCCCUGAUGAAACUCGGGGUGAAUGAAAUUUUCGGAGAUGUGUCACCUAGCGGGAGAGCUGCGAAGGCGAUAUGCGAAAGACCGGAAGUCGGAUACGCUAUAUGUGUUUUAGGAGCGAUAUUCUCCGUAUCGGGAUAUGACGCCGAGGAGUUUCCGCCAUAUAUUUUUGAUGUCGUAAUUAAACAUUACCCUGCAGCUACGUCAAGGAAAAACUUCAAUCAUUUUUGGCAAGUCGCCGUCCGAGAGAGAUUUUCUAAAUUUGAUUAUGGCCCAGAGAAGAAUUACGUAGAAUACAAUUCUACGAUACCCCCGGACUACAAUUUGAAAGCCGUGACUAUGCCAGUCGUUUUGAUAGCUGCGAAGAAUGACAAGGUAUCCUUGAUAUCAAAUGUAGAAAUUCUAAAUCAACAACUGCCUAACGUCGUCGCAUACAAGAUUAUUGAAAGGGAUUUAACAAAUCAUGUGGAUUUCGUUUGGGGAUCGAAUAUGUAUGAGUAUUUGUUUCCUUACAUUUUCGCAAUUUUAAGAAAUUUUCAAUAA